CUCAAGGUCAUUUCACUGUCCGCUCAAGGACACUAAUUUUGAACCGCGGGUACGCGUGUUCAGUUCCUAACUUGGUUUUUAAUGGGAGAUUCAAGUUUUGAGGAGGAAUCUGCUGAUGAAUAUGAUGGUUAUGAUCCUGUGCAUAGUCGACUGGUGGAUGAUAAGGUAACUUAUCGGCCAAGAUAUGCUCCUUCUGAACCUGAUGAAGAUUCGAGGUCUGAUGAUCUUAAUGACGGACCGGAGGAUCGUGAGUCCUAUUCCCACUAUUUCCCACACUCGCCAGUGGGUUCUCCUGACGAGGGUCCUGUCGUUAAGUCUGAACAGAAUGAGUCUCAGAAGAGUCCAGACAAUGAUAGGGAAUAUCAUGUCGAACCUAUUGUGGAUGUCACUACUCCAUGUUAUGCUCCGAGUCAAGCUUUAAGCCGUACUCCUGAAUCUAGUCCAGCACUAAGCUACACUGCAAGUGAGCAUGCGUCUGACGUAGUUCCAACUAAAAAAGUUGAGUCUAAUAUUCCUGAGAGAAUCUCAGAACUGGAGGAAUCAGAGGACAACAAUAGCAGUAGCUCCGAGUCAGAUAUAGAAGACUAUAGCCAAGACGUGCAGCAGCAUGAGUCUGAUAAAAAUAGAGAUGAUCCCGUCGAAAAUUUGCCACAAACAGGAUCUGGUUCUCCUGUCGAACCAGAACAUUACAAAGAGUUUCACGAUAUUUUUGAAGAUAAUGAUGAAGAACAAGACCAGGGUAAAUUCAAUGAAGACUUUGAAGGAUUUGAAAGAGAUGAACAACCAGAAUCUCAAGUAGAUGGCAUUAUAGCUGAUAUCUUUGGUGAAAGUGAUGCAGAAGAAGAGUUUGAGGGUUUCGCUGAAAAUGAACUGGACAAAGGUGUUGAAGAAGAGGUUGAAAUUCAAACAUCUGAUCAGGUUUCACAUAAGGGUCACAAACCUUCUUCUGCAGAAAAUGACGACGAUGAAGAAUCUGGAGAGGAUGACGAGUUUGUAUCUGAUUUUGAUCGCAUAAUGGCAAAAAAGAAAGAAGAACUCCGACGAAGACGAAAACGCAAUAGAGACAUCGAAUUUCUAAAUGAUAGUGAUGAUUUGAUCGUGGAAAUGAUUUCGCGGAUGAAAAAUGCUGCUGAUGAAGACAGACAGUUACUUUCAGCUGGUCAACCUGCAACUAAGAAACUGAGCAUGUUUAAAGACGUUUCAGCUCUUCUUAGACGAGCAGACCUGAAAUCUGCGCUUAUUGAAAAUGGAAUGCUUUCUGCCAUAACAGAAUGGCUGUCUCCACUUCCUGGUCAUACCCUGCCGAAUCUCAUCAUUCGUGAUUCCAUGUUGACCAGUCUUAGUGAAUUUCAGUCAUUGUCACCAGAGGUUCUUCAAGAGUCCGGGAUUGGAAAAGCAUUAAUGUACUUGUAUAAACAUCCAAGAGAAACACGAGAAAACAAGGAUAAGGCUGGAAGGCUAAUUAAUGAAUGGUUAAGGCCAAUAUUCAAUUUAAAAAGUGAUUAUCGUACUUUAACUAAAGAAGAACGUAAACAAUUGGAUUAUGAACAUUUGCCUAAACGAAGAAAUAUCGACAAUGAAGCCUACAAUCAUCGUGAUAUAAAUCGUGAAUUAGAUGGUGAGGGAAAAGGAGUCUUAAGACCUGGAGAUCCUGGGUGGAUUAAUAGGGCUCGGGUCCCUCAGCCAUCAAACAAGGACUAUAUUGUUCGACCUAAAUGGCGUGUGAAGGAAAAUCCUAAUGGAGACGAUGAUGACGACGAGGGAAAUGAUGAUCGCACAGACGAAUCUCAAUCGCUUAAUCGAAGACGCCGGAAACCGGGAUCCUCUGGCUUUGGAGCUACCUCAAGAAUCGAAGGCCAUAUACGUAAUUUAACUAACAGUGCUCGCAGGAGUCAUGCUAAAGCUGCUCGUGCUGUCCCAAUGAGUAUUGAAGGUCGUAACAUGUCUCUGUAAUCAAAUCAUUCCACUAUGAUUUUGUUUUGAUCAUCGAGUUCUUUCGUCUUCUUGUACAGUAAUUUGCUUCUUCCAUGCUGAAAUAUAUAACCUCCAAAAGAUUCGUGUUUAUAUUUCGUGCUUUCAGUAUUAUGAAAUAGUUAAUUUAUUUCUCAUCAAAUAUAUAUCCUCUUGUAAA